AUGUUCAUCUACUGUGGUUUACUAACUGAUCUGAUUAAGAGUCAAACAUUAGAGGUGGUUACUGACAACGAGCUCUUGGAUUUAUGCCGUUCUGAAAACCAAGUAGUUGCCUUAUUUACAUUAAGAGACUGUGAAAAGUGUAAAAAAUAUGAAGAAACUCUCACUCAAAUUAGAGAAGAACUUGUUGAUUCGUUAAAUGCUUGGGUUGUAAAAGUGGAAGGUAGCAAUUUAGUACACAUAUAUAAUCCUGCUAAAGAACCAACGUUGGUUAUGUUUCGACACGGUGUACCAUUACUAGUACCAGAGCCAGAGGCUGUUAAUGAUGAGUUUUUGAUAGACAUGUUAUUGAACAACAGAGAUCCUGUUGUUAAAGAACUUAAUGAUAAUAGUUUUGAACAUCUUACCCAGGCAUCAACAGGAGCUACAACAGGGGAUUGGUUUAUUAAAUUUUAUUCAUCAGAUAGUAUAGAAUGUCAAAGAUUACAAGCUCGCUGGGAAACAGUUGGUGCUAAACUGAAAAAUCGUGUUAAUGUUGCUCGUGUUAACAGGUACAUUGGAGGAUCAAUAACUGCCCGUCGAUUUGCUAUAAGCCAAUCUCCUACAUUUAUUUUAUUGCGUCGUGGAAUCAUGUAUACUUAUACAUCAACUGAUUAUACUAUUGAAUCAUUCCUCAAAUUUGUUGAAGAAGAUUAUAAAUUCACUGUUAAAGGGCAAGUGCCUCAACCAAAAUCAAUAUUUGAUGAUUUUGUACACAUGUGCUUUGAUGUAAUCAGGGAAAACCCAUUGGUGUGGAAAUUAGGAUUGACGGUGUUGAGUGUAAUAUUGCUGUGUCUUGCUGCUUUGAAGACAACAUCCAAGCCAAGUGAAUAUAAGUCAAAAAAGAAGUCUACUAAAAGUUCUAGUAAAAAAAGCAAUAGUGUGUUUGUUUUAGCUCAUGGGCUACAGAAAAAGAUCAAACGAUUCGACUAUUGGUCGGUUAUUGAUCAAAAACGCUCAACUGAAAUAGUUAUUAAUAAGCCAUUCAUAUUGCAUGGUACUCACGACAUACUCAUUAAAAAGUCCAAGACCAACAAAUCGGGUUAUGUAGGAUAA